AUGCGUCCAACUCGAGUCACUCCUUUGCGCAUGCCGUCUCUGCUGCGGCCCUGCCUACGGAAUGUUCGCCCUCGACUGAUCAUUCGCCGCGGUGCGGCGACCGAGCGCCUCGAACCACGUCUAUUGCAGGCCACGUCUCCCUUAGCCGAGCACUUGAGGGAUCUGAACUUCUGGGAAGCUCGGGAAGCUCGACACAGCCCACAGACCGCGGCACCACGGCCACGGUUGGGUGGGAGGACAGCCCAACGGAGUAAGGAGAGGCUGACAGGCGACAAAGCUCGUGUCAACAUCGUGAGCGAGAAACUUUGCGACGAUACCAUCUCGUACCUUGCCAAAUCUCUCGAACGGCACAAAGGAUGCGAUCUUGUGGACGUAUACCCUGGUGCUGGCCUAUGGAGCCGCAAGCUGAAUGAGUUCUUAGAGCCACGUACGCACAUCCUGAUGGAACCGGACACGAAGCUCUACCGGCCGUUCCUGCAGCCAUUGCUCGACUCCCCAGAAGCGACUCUGGUGCCCAAAUCUGGCAUCGUCUGGAAGGAACUCGAUGCGGUCUUAACCCCCGAGUUUCUGCCACACCAGAAGCUGGUCGAUCGCAAGUCGGAGGAGGCAAACCAGAGGAACGAUACGCUGCUCGUGACAUGCAACCUCGCAUUCUACCCCAAGAAAAAGUUUGUCGGGUUUGAUUCGGUCGCGCUGCUCGUGCUUCACCAGUUUGUCGACUCGAUCAAGUCCAGCGGCCUGUUUCAGAAGUAUGGGCAAGUGCGCAUGCUGGUGUGGGUACGCCGUGAAGACAAGGCCGGCAUCCUGCCCCGUGUCAUGCAGCGGCGAAGACGACAGGCGAAUGAAACCGAGCUUCUCUGCGACUGGGUUCACGAGGUAGUCGGCUACGACGGCCGUGACUCCAGCGUUUUCGCCAGGGACAGCACGAUAGAUCGUGCCAGCGCGCUGGCUACGCUAAAGAGGAUGCAGGAAGCAGGCAUCACAACCCCGGAGGGAAGAAUGUCGGAAGCCCUCAAAACGGCGAUGGCCGACUUGGAGCAAAACAGGCCAGUUGUUCCAGGCAGCGUGCCUUCCAGUAUUGAGCGUGCCUAUAGCAGCCUCCUCGAGUUACCGCUGAGUGCCGAUAUCAAGGUCGGCACGGAGGAGUUCAACAAGAGACAGAAGUCCCAAUGGCGAUUCAAUGGAGAUGUUCGGAGAUUCCAGUUCAUCCACGAUCUGCAAAAAAUGAUCGACGACGCAACUGCGAUGAGAGAGGCCGGCCGCCCGGCUGAGGAAUGCGAGGCUCUCGAGGCGCGGUUCGACGAUCUCUUGAGCCGCACGACGCAGGUAAACGCGUCGGACUUUGGAACGGCCAAAGACAACCUGCACAUUUGGCGCCAGCCAGAGCCUGUGAUGCAUUGGGACCGGCGAGCGAUAGAGCCGUUAAUUGCAUCUCCCCAGGAGUUUUACCCCAACGUGGAGUGCUGUCUUCUUGACAUCCAGCCCAAACCGAUCAAUCGAAUAAUGCGACACAUGGGCCCGGGGUCGGCUCACAAUGGCGAAGCUGCCGAGCUGAUCAUGCGGCUGCUCUGGGGUACACCCACCCAGCCCAUCGAUCGGGCGCUGGAUGCCGUCUGGCCGGGAGCUGCGGACUACAUCAUUCCACGGUGCCCGAGCUUCCGCGACCCGGCGCAAGGCGGUGUCAACGUGAAAACGAAACACGCACAGCUGUCGGUGAGGUUACUGAAUCCUACCCAAUGGGAGGAGCUCCUACAUCAUUGGAGCGAAUGGCCCUUUCAGCCGACCUUCCCGGAGCUUGUGUCCCGAUCUCAGGAUGAUGGAGACAGCGACUAUGAUACUAGCAGCGGUGGAACUGCAAACUACUGA